GCUGUGUUUGUGAGAAGAAUUCAGCCGAAGCCUGUGGCUUGAUUCAUUUCUGAGAAGGUUUGACACUCCUACUUGCAAAUAGCCAUUUAACUCAUUCCAAUUUACUGCCAUGGCAAACAGCGAACGCAGCCAACAACAGGACUGGAGUUCCAUGGCGCUGCCCUUCACUAAUUUCGAGAUCGCCUUCAUCUUGAUUGCCUUCAUCGUGGUCACCCUGUUCAGCCUGGCUUCGGUCUUCAGUCAACCAAACACAAAGAGAGAAGAAGACUAUGAAGAAUGCUUUAAGACGACGCGUGUGAGGAAGACGAAGCAGAAAGGUGUUCAGAGUGUUCCCACGGUGAAAGACGCUCUGUAGGACAGACUAUCUCAGGAACGGGAGCUGCAACCAGUGCUCUCUUCCUGUUUUUUUGUUUUCUUUGAUUUUUUUUGUGUUGUUCAUGUGAUUUUGUCUUUGAUAGUGAUGGCUGCCUGAUUAGAAAUCCUCCCAACAAUGGCGCCACUGCUGAAAAGUAAUUAUGUUCGCCUCUAAAAAGAUUAAGACUUGAGCCGGGAAUGUCUCAAACGUCAUUACGUUCAAACCACACUCUUUUAGCGCUACGAUAAUCAGCACAUUCCCUGCCGGCGAAGUUGUUGUCCCAAAACAAUUUGAGUUGUGUUAAUAGUCUGUGAGUUCCGCGGGGUAGUUAAAGCGAUAUUUAUGACGCUGUAUCCAGUGGAGGAUUAUGCACGCAGACGUAAUGAAUUUGAGAUGUGAUGGCAGGACCUUGCCUGCUCCGUGUUCGUGCUGAUGCGCUAUAUGCGCGGUGGGCCAGGUUCAUAACGGCAUGCAUCGUGAAUACUGUUUGGGGACAGAGAGAAACCAAGGUUCCCAGGUGGCAUUCAGAGCUGAUGAUGCCGCACAGGGCCUGUAGCGUCUCCCGUGGUCAGGAAGAACGGAGACACUGGAACAGGUACAUCCAGGUGCUAAUUAACGGCUCCAGCCGGCUGCAAACGGGAGACACCGUUAUAAAUUAAGUGUAAAAACAACUGAAAUGUAGCGGUGGGGUGGUGUCAAAACGCAAAGUGAAGAUACAUACCAAGGCAUCCCCGCUGUUUGUCCAAUGAGGAAGCGCUACUGUGGCCAUGGAAUGUGUAUAUGCAUCAUAAAACUGAACAACCAAAGCUUUUGAUCAGCGAUUGAGUCUCUGCUAUACGGAGAUGCAGUAAACACACGUCUGACCGCCAAAUGUAUGUGCCGCAGAUGAAGUCAGUAUGUCAGGAGGCUCCCUGAAAUGAAUAAACACUGUGUGCAAUCAUGGCUAGGAAUAAUAAAAUAAAACAACAAAGCAAAAUAAAACAGACUUUGCUAUAAUCCAGCGUAUGCCUAUAGGCAGGAUGAACUUGCGCCUUGUCACUUUUUAUUUAUGAAGGGAACACAAGUAAACUGAGCACUAUUACUAUUUCUUGUGGGUUUGUAACCCAAAGCGAGGCAAUACUGUUGUGACCUGAAGCAAGACGCUUCACUCCCACUGCUUCAGUGAAUACCCAGCUUCAUGAAUUCAUAAUAUGUGCAAUAAUAUAGUAACGGUUCUAUGGUUAAGGCUGUCUGACAAAAGAACAUAAACCAAACUGACUGAUCAACUAACAGAGAAAAUAUAAAUUAAAAAGUGCAAUGGUUGGGAUGGCGACGAGUAACAUGGCAUGUGAAUAUCAAAGCCAUAUCAAUAUCUGCAGACUGACACAAACCGUCAGCACCCGACACUACAGACAAUCGUGGGGAAAAAGAUUGGACCACUAGAGGGAGACAUUUACCAUUUGUCUCCAUAAUUGCAGAACACCCCAAGUAUGGUAUUCAUUCAGUCAUGUUCCUAAUUCUGGGUUCACUCACUUUUCAAGACGUUGUUUUACAGGACAUAUUCAGGAAAUGGUAUAUGAGAAACACAUGUAAUAUAUAGCCAUGUACAUUCUAAUAUAUGGGUGCAAUAUACAGGGGUGUACAGUAUAUGCAUGUGUAUAAUAUACACUGAUGGAGAGAUUGCAG